AAAAGCACUCAGUAUUCGUUUCAAAGCCUCGUUUCACCUAAGAAUAUAAAUGGGUACCAUAACACUCUCAAGGACUAACGUUUUUAUGUGCUGGGUGAUUUUCUGCGAUGGACUUGCCUCUUGUCCACAGGGAGUAGCAGUAUACUAACUCAACACUUCAUGCUAUAUGGAAACUGUGAUAACCUCUAGCAGUAAUCUAAGCGAUUUUCGCUCAUAAAAUAUUGUGUUUUGACAGCUAACAGGAAAUAACCAGCCUCAAAAAGUAAAUGUGCAUCAAACAAAGCUGAUUUGUAUUCAUUCGGCUUCUCUUGCAGGAAAUUUUGGAACUGGCUAAGGGAUUCAAAGCUAUUAGAAUCUCCACUGUUUUUCAAGGAUGGCAUUUUUGCGAAUCGAUCUCAAAUUUCUCGUCUUAAUUCAAGUUGUGAUAAUGCACCUAUUUCCAAAACACGUGUCCCAAGCAACAGCUACCAAUAACUGUACAAGUGCUGUCAGUCGAACUGAUGCCUGUAACAAAAUCACUUACGAACAAGUUUACAACAUCUUGGCGAAAUCAGAAAACAGUUUCAACAUCGAGUCGGCUCUUUAUCCACCCAAGAGGCCUUCCUCAGUGCGGGUAUUUGUAAAUGUCUAUGGCCCCAACAAAACGGAAAGUUCAACUCCUGCUGCCAAAUACACGUGGAGUAUUUCUUGCCUGUACGCUGCUCUUCCUGCUAAAGUUCUUGAAUUUUGGUCUUUAUGGUCAAUCAUGGUGACCAGUCGAACACAGGAGCUUAACAUAACAAUUUCACUUUCCUGCUGUGAUGUGACGAAAGGGAAACUAAAAAAACACAUCGAAGACGCUCUAGCUGCUCUCCAAGAUCUGGCUGUUAGGCCAGCAAUGAGAGACCCCCAACUGAAUUCUGCUGAGUGUAUCACAGAGGGACAUCAACCGAGUAUUUCCUCUGUUACAGAACACAGUUGGCGAAUAAGAUUAAUUUUAAUCCUCUCCUCUCUCUUUUCAAUAGUGUUUGGGCCAUUGUUGGCCUUUACAACAACGAGAAAACAGGACGAGCUCGGAAAAAAGGACAACAAUAGAAAAAAUACGGUAGAUUUCCUGUGUGUGUUUUUGUUUGUAAUAAUCACUGUUUUAAUUAUACCAAGAUAUGUAACAGUCCAUACAAGUAGCAGCGAUAAGAAAAUGGUUCCUUAUUAUAUGUUCCUUAUUAUUGAACUGAUACAACCGGCCAUUGUGCUUGCUGGGGUAAUCGUCUUUUUGGUGACAUGGGUGAAAUGUGGGGGUAGCGACCAGAAUAACUAUAGUGUAAAGGUGAAGUCACUUCUUUUCAUAAUUUGUGCAAAUUUAGCAACCUACCAUUUUUGUUGGCUCUUAGUCGGUAUAAUGCUGAAUCCUAUCUGGGGUCUUGUUGUUCUGCUCGUACUUUGCCUUUUUAUUGGUAUCUCAACCUUUGCAUUUUAUACCUACAUGUCUUCAAAUGACGCCUCAAAAUGUCAGUCAUUUUCUUCAUGUUUUGCUGGGUUCCUAGCUGUCUGUGGUCUUAUUGUUAUUGUAAUUCUAGCUGGGCAGUCAUAUAAUGGAAGACAAACUGCUGAUGAGGCUUUGAAAGAAGCAGUGAUGUAUUUAAUCUCUAUAUUCUUUUCAUGGCUCUAUUGGAAGAGGUGGGUUAAUAAAAGUAAGAAAUCUGCAGAUUGCAAAAGUGGUCCUGUUUCGGCUCCUAACUCAUCACAAGAAAAUGGUCAUGUUCCAGAGCACAGUGGAACAGAAAUGGAAACACUUGUGCAGCAAGAUGUUCGAAACAUUACAGUGUAAACCUGGAUAUCACUGUAUAAUUAUGUAAACAAAUGGAAAAAUGUUUCCUCCACUCUAAACAUCUGAGUAAUAAUUGUCCCUUCGUCAACUGUUUAUUUUCUGGUAAAUUAGUGAAGAGUAUUUGGUAUUGUAUCAAAAUAGCAACCAGUCUUGUGGCUAAACUUAUCUUUUCCUUUUUCCCUAAGUGCUGGAUAAUGUUAUGAUAUUGUAAGGUGAAGUUAUUCCUUAAUCACAAAUUUUACAAGCUGUCUAACAGUUCAAGGUAAUGGUAUAAUUAGGUAAGAUCCUAAUCAUUAUACACCUAACUAUUUGAGGAAGUACACCAUUGUUUAUAAAAAUUAUAAUCUCAGUUUUUAUCUCGUGCUAAAACAGCUUUGGAUAACGAACCUUAGCAACCUAUUAUAUAAAUUUAACUAGCUUUAGUUUACAUAACUUUGUACCAAUGAAGCCUUAGCUAACUGGAAAAAUUUUUACCACCAAAGUAUAUAAUAUUUGUACCUUUUGAAGUGUAUAAUUUUUCUUUUUCAUACACAGGUUUGGAUUUGUUUACAUCUCCAAUGUAGCACAGUAGUUCUAGAUGCAAUUUAUGUAAAUUCAUUACUUGGAAAGAUUCUUUAGAAUCCACGUAAAAAACUGUUAGUAAUGUACAUGCAUAGAGUAUAAUUAGCCAACUUGUAAACAGUGCUUUUAUUCAGAUUUGAGGUUACAUAGGACUUUCCCUACAUGGCAUUCUUAAGAAACUAAAAUUGUUCUGGUUUAAAAAUGGAAAAUAUUUGUCAAAUCUGGUGGUCUGGAACAGAACACAAACACAAACUCUACCCUAUCAGCCUGUUUGGGGACAAAUGAAUAUUACUAGGGGGGGGGGGUCUAUCAGUGUAUAACACAUCUCCUUUUAAGUAUCGUAUCAAAUUUAUUUUUUCUUUACCAAAUUAAAGCUGUCAAGAUUUUUUCAGGUAUUUUGCUACACAACUGAUCUUGAAGAGCUCUGACACAGGCACCAAGUCUUACUGAAAGCACUGCCAAAUACAAAGACCUCAAGUUGUAUCUUUUUUUAAGUGCCCUAUCCUAUACAAUGUAUCAAAUAAUUAAUCUUUUAGUAGUAUGAUUACUACAAAAUAUGACUUAAUAAAUACAU